GGAAAUCGCCAAGGGUCAACCUAGAGGUUGUGGAUUUGACCAGAGACUUAGUGGUUAGUUGUUGUACUUUAAGUACUUAAAUGUUGUAUUUGUACUACCUACUUUUAAAUAUGACGUUCGUUUCACGUUUUUCAUAAGACUAGUAAUUGAUUUGUAAAACACCUCCAUAAACUCAUAAGCAAACAAAUAAGGGCAAAUAAAAAUGCCUUUCCCACAGGAAAGUAAAGGAGAAACGCGCCAAAAAGUCUCUUUUUUUGCCUCCCUUGAGGAGAUAAUGCGACAUUCCCAAUUUUUGCGGCCGAGUUUGAAUUUUAGCUGAAUUUACAGCUAGUUGUUUACUUAUCACUUAUAUUUACCAGGAUUACCAACCUUCUCAUCCAUUUACACAAAUUCCACGGAAAUGUUGACUGCAAGUGACCUAAUUGAAAAAGCUAUAUCUGAUUGAAGACAUUCGCAGACGAUAGAAUCAUAGUUUAUGAGGAGACUAAUAACUGACAUGCGGUAUGUAGACCAUUAAUUCACGCUAGCAAUUGUAGGCAAGUGCUUGUUAGCAAGCAGUCCUUUAUUUUUAGACACUAUAAAGAUUCUCUAGACUACAUGGCACUGGCUUUCAGACUCACCAUUGACACAUUGAUUUGUGGUUUAUACUCCAGUCACUGAAAAUGAUAGUACUCCAGCAAUUUUUAUCACUAAGUUUAUGUAAUUGUUAAUUUAUUAUUAGUAUGAAUAGAGAAAUUCGGGCGAGAUUAUAAUGUUUAAAUGGACUAUGAGGGACGCCAGAGUGAUAAACUCCCUAGGGCUAAAAAGAGGGUUAUGGAUUGGCUUGAGGUAAUAGGAUCGGAAUCUAAAUGUUGGGGUUAGAAAUAAGAGUUGGGGUUUUCAUCACCAAUUGACAUUAGAUAUAAUGUAAAAAUUCUAUUUAGCCAUGUGGAUAAGUAUAUUUCUCCCCGAAAUCUUUAGAUUAAUUGCUUCGUCUAUAAAUUAUGGUCUCCGGAAUUUGUCCUAUAUAUUACCUCCAGCGUACUGUUUUGUAUUUUGUUUGUGGAUUAAUCUCGAAGCUGUUUUGUGACUAUUUGAUUGGUGCCUAUGAAGUCUUGAACUCAGUAAUAUCCCUUAAAUAGACGGUUAAUUUUUCCAAGACCAUUGUCAGCCAGAUAAAGUUUGUUAAAUCUGUACCCUAUCCAUAAAUCUGAGUGCAUAACGCGAUGGCGUUCGAAGCGAACAGUAUUGGGUUUGAGUCCCGAAGUGGACAUCGACUCAGGGAUACGGGUACACCCAGCUCACGAGUCCUAAACAAAAUGAAACCCAUAUCCUAGGUCCCACUGCUAGCUGCCGUCCAUCUCUGCUUCAAGUGCUUGUAACUUAGUAGCCAUAUUGAGGCGAUUCUCACAGGAUCCACAUAUACCUAAAGAAAACGGACUAAUUGCAGUCCUACGCAUCAAUGGGAAACUCCAAGUAACCAAUACAAAUGGAUCAUUCGACCAUAAUAGGACCCAUAGUUACCGUAUUCAGACUCUAAUCUGAUAAUGUAAUGGGGAUUACAAAGGAUAGUUUUCCUCAAGUUUCUCAAGUUCACACCAAAUAAGCCACGUAAUGAAAACAAAAUAGGUAGGUGCUGCUCAUGCUCUGGCGCUCAGUGACUAACCAAUCUCAGCACUGAGUCCAGGAUAAUCAUAUGUGGGGCACGCUUUUCAAAUCGAUGUAUAGAUAACAAACUUGUAGUUUUUCACCAUAGUUUUGAGGAUAGGUCUCUAAACUAUAACAAUCCACUACUAGUAGUUCGUUCUGUGGAGAUAAAUCCGCCCACAUUAAGUUUCAAACAUCGAUGGUAGUGACUUUACAUGAAAAAAACUAUUCUUAUGGGAUACUCAUUAAAAAAAACGUGAUUAAUUGUUUAGCAAACUAAAACCACUUGGACAAAAUAAAAUCUUCAAUUUAGUGAAGUUGCUUAGUAGUUCAAAUAUUGAAAUUAAUGUAAGAUGUAGUUUAGUCAUUCAUGCUCUUCCCUCAUUAUCUGAGAACUGCGAACACCUGGAGGCCCUAUCCAGAGCAGGGUAUUUUCUCAGAGAAUCACUUUCUACUCUUCUUUGCAAGGUCUACUGCACAAAGCAGUGGAACAACACCAAGACACAAUCAUUGCGUAGUCGGUGAUUGAAAUAGGUUUGUACACCGUUUGUUCCCCGUCAAAGUCAUUCUUGUAUGUAAAUUCACACAACUCUCAUUUCAAAGUAUUAAACUGACUCAGACGUAAAACCAAGCAUUCCGAUAAUUUUAGUACAAAUGACUUUCUUCAUUUUAUUGUAGUUACAUAAAUAGCAACGUGGCUUACUACUUCUAUGGAAUAUUUGUAACAGACUUUCGUUGGAUAAAUUCCAAAGUUCAAGCAAAUAUGGAACAGUCGUCUGGGACACCGAACCUCAUCGUUAACGAAACUUUAAACACUGAUAUGAUCAACAACGAACAAAAACAUGGACAUAACAGUAUCCAACCAAAGGAUAUUCAUAUAUCAAGUACUUCAGUAUCUGUACAUCAUCGUCGCAAGCGGUCGCAUAUAUCAUCAUUAUCGGGGCCUGUGCAUGCAGUUAAUCAUAUAGAAGUACCCACAUAUGGAGAAUAUGAAUUUCCAUCGUUAAAAGAUCAUGUUGACAUUGUAGAGUCGGCAGACGAGGAAAAUGUACUUCUUAGUUGCAAUCCUGAACAUUUUCUGCGUAGUGAUUCAACUUUUGGUGAAAAAUCCGUCGAUUCGCUAAAGCUCGCUAAACUCGAUCCGGAAUUCCGUGACUUAAUCUCACGUUAUGUCUGCUCGGAAUAUGUAGUUCAUUGUCUUGAACUAGCAGGCUUUUGUACACCGUAUGUUGUCGCCCGACUAGAUGAUCAUCAGUUACAGAGGCUUGAGACGUUUGUUGGACAUGCUUGUUCGAUUAUGAAGUCAAUUACCUUACGAGAGCAUUUCGUAGGGCCCAUUUUUGCAAAUGAUCCAUUAAAGUUCAAACUACCCUCAGGUGCUGCUUGUGGAAUUCUUUUGGCUGCACACGAAAUUCGUCGGAGGUAUCGUCGAUCUCAGUUAUCGAUAGAGGGUCAAAAUCCUAUUGAUGAGGAUUUCAUAAUUGUCCCAGACUCAUGUGAUCAGAGCUUCAGUGAUAUAGGUUGUCAAACAGAUUCUUCAUUGUCUCACUUAAUUUCUUCAACAUCACCGCCUGUUACCUUGGCUGACCCAUUACCAAGCAACUUUGUGGAAAAUUCGGAUUCAACAUCUCCAACAUCGGUGGUAAAUUUGACGUCGAAAACCUACUUUUCAGAUUCCCCGAAUCCCUCACGCAGGUCAGAACCAAGUGUUCCACCUUCUGACGGACCAGCAGUGAUCAUGGCUGCUGCUCUCCAAGCUGCCGCAGCUGCUGUGAGUGGAAAUGGAUACAAUAAUAUCACUUUGUUUUCUAAUUCCUUACCCGAUGAAAACAGUUUAACGACACUCUCUGGUUUAAGUAGCUGUAACUCUGGUGAUACAAAUCCUGUGCUUCAUCCAGGAACUAGCAUCUCUCCUGUUUCAUCACGUAAUACGAUUCCAGUGUCAAAUAUGCCUUCUGUCGCCAUCACAUCAAAUGCUAUACCAUCUCAUUCUAACUUUUUGAUCAGUUCCUCUCCAGUCGGAUACGGAAAUGGAUUAUUUGAGAAUGAAGGAGUCAAUUUGGAGCGCUUGAAACAGCAUUCUUCAGCUAGUGCAAUCAGGUUAGCAUCACGACAGUUUGUUAACGCUUACCUUAUGCGUGGUCGAGAUUUUGAUAUGGAAAUGGAAUUGUCAGUGACUCCUGAGGGUUUUAAACGUGUUACUGGUAUAUUUUAUUGUCAUCUCUGCAGAGAGAAACGUGAGCGCACAUCAGCCGUACGCUUUUCCAUAGCCCGCAACAGGUAUCCAGUUUUGAGUAAUGUAUUAUCGCACUUAAAAACACAUUUUCAUUAUCGGGGUCAAACGUUAUCAGGAUUGCAGGCUGCGGUCACCCAACAAACUCAGAACUUACUCAAGUCGGCUAAUGCGCUUAAUGAGUCUUUUAUUGGAGAAGGUUUAGGUCAGUCUCCAGGACCGUUCAACAGUUCGAGCUGUCGCACUGAUUUUACGGUACAACAUACAACUAAUUCAUCUAAUACAUCGCUUCUGCCAACAUCUAUUUCUCUUAACCAAUCUCAGUUACAAAUGAAACCUGAACCAGGAAACUGCACGUAUACUAUUGAAGCUGAGGGCAUUGAAGACUCUAGUUCUGUGCAUCAGAUUUUAGACAGUUUAUCUCCGCCAAAUAGAUUAAACUCACCGGAUACCAAAAGUUCGUCUCCCACUCGAGGUUUGGAACUCAAAGUCAUUAUCCCAUCGCGACCAAAUACAGAUAGCCAAUGUAAUACGCUAACUUCGUGAUGUACAUCCUAUAACUUUUCCCCACAAAUAUAUGAUUCUCAUGUUAUGAAUACUGACGUGCCUGUUCCAAAUAUUUUUUUUCAAGCAUUAACACUUCGAACAUGUAUACAAUGUUUAUUUAGCAUUUCUAUCCAUUCCAUAGAGAAAAUUGUGUGUAAAUACCAAUAGUUUAUUAUCAUCGAUAUUCAGAUAAGUGUGUAUAUUUGUAUAUAAAUCCUUUUAUUAAGU